GUCGGUGCGCCGCGCCGCGCAUUGUGUGACCCGCUGGCCUUCCGGAAGGAAGCCGGGGACCCUGGGUAUGGCGGCCGUGGCGGAGCAGUGGGUUCUGGUGGAGAUGGUACAGGCGCUCUACGAGGCUCCUGCUUACCAUCUUAUUUUGGAAGGAAUUCUAAUACUUUGGAUAAUCAGACUUCUUUUCUCUAAAACUUACAAACUACAAGAACGAUCUGAUCUUACAGUCAAGGAAAAGGAAGAAUUGAUUGAAGAGUGGCAACCAGAACCUCUUGUUCCUCCUGUUUCAAAAGACCAUCCUGCUCUCAACUACAACAUCGUUUCAGGCCCGCCAAGCCACAAAAUUGUGGUGAAUGGAAAAGAAUGCAUAAACUUUGCCUCAUUUAACUUUCUUGGGUUGGUGAAUAACAGGGGAUCUGGGGGCCUGCAGGCUCCUCCUGAGCCAUGGACUUGGCCCCAAGCCUUGGAGUUUGGCUUGGUAGAAGGCAAUGACCAGGGAUCAUGCUCCAGAUACAGGCCUGGAGGCACCAGAGUGAUGUCUAAAAAGAAGUGGAUUUGGAGCCAGACAUCUGAGUUCCAGCUACGACUUAUACCCCCAGGCUAUGGGCUAGGAAAGGCCGACUGUACCCGGUGCACAGAAGGCGCGGAGCUGACGCCGAGGCUCGUCUGA